CUUAUCCCCUGGGCUGUUGACUUGAACGGCGGCGGACUUCUGGAGACAUUUCCUCGCGGUUUGCCCGGGGCAUUCCUUCGCCGGAUUGUGGAGGACGUAGCCUGACUGGUUGCCAGCGCAGCCAGUGCGCAAGAAUGGUCAGAUGAGCUUCGGCCAGGGCCGCACAACCACCUGAGGCUUGAUUUCGCAACUUAGGAUGGAACAUGUUAGCGUCAUCACCUGCAUCACUCGACAGGUAUGUACUUCGCAAGGCUAACGUCCACCACCCCCGUGCGAAACCGCGAAACGCACCCGCCCAAGAGAACUAGGACAAGAACACAUGGCCCGCCACAGCCUGCUACUGCUCGGCGUCGCGGCGACGGCGGCGCUGCUGCUGCUCACCGCGAGCCCCUUCGCCGCACAGGGCAGCACUCGGCGCUACUCCAACCCGGCCCAGUACAUUUGCAACGACCCCGACCUCACCACGCUGUGUCGCAUCCUGAGGGCCGCGGGACCCGACUCCAAGGCCGCCGCCGCGCUGCAGGACGCCACCGUCAGCAACACCGUCUUCGCGCCCCUGGACUCUGCCUUCAGCCAGGACGCCAAGAGGGUGGCCUCGAAGCUGAGCCUGGGCGCCUUCGAGAAGAUCUACACCUCGCCCAAGCAAGCCGACCGCCUGCUGCAGAACCUGAUCAUCCCCGGCCAGGCCAUCAGCUCCAACGGCUUUAAGACCGGCACCGACUACAAGUCCAUGUUGGGCCAGCACCUGUACUUCAAGGGCGCGUGGUUCACCAAGGACCUGUACGUCCAGAGCGAAGAGGUCAAGGCCAAGAUCAUUCAGGUCGACAUCCCCGCCGGCAGGUCGGUUGUGUACACCACGGAUCGCGUGCCCCUGCCCAGCGCCCCCUUCCUGGGCAUCGGCCACCAUUGAUGACGAUAAGCGAGGGAGGAGCUAGCCCGCAUACGGCGUCUUCCGUACAGGGUGUGGCGCAGACUGUUGACAUAAUGACUUCUAUGCGCUUGCUCGGUUGCGGACGGGGGGUUUAUGAUGUGCAUGGGGAUAUGGUACCUAAUAAUGUAUGGAAGCUGCGUGCACACGUGUGUGGACUGUCCAGGAACGAAGUAGUGGUGUGAUGCACGGUGCGUGGUAAUGGUUGGGCAAUUGAGCAGUGCGGUCUGGAGGCUGCAACGGUGUAGAUGAGGCGGCAGCGGUUGUAUGAUGAGGCGCGUUGUGUUGUGAGGCACGUUGGGGUCACACCAGCAGGGAAAGGGAAGAUGCGCACUGCAUGGCAAUAA